UACUCUAUUCUAAAAUUAACCAUGUUUUUUGUAAACUUGUUUUCUCAAUAUCACGUUGAACCCAUAACAUAACAACCUUUUUUGCCUUCCGUUGUUUAGCUUCAUGAAUUUGGUAAGAGUAAUCAUCAUAUAAUAGAACAAAAACUCUAUUAUUUGUGUUUCGCUUCAUGGAAGGAUUGGAUGGGUUAAUAGAUAAGCUUUUGGAAACAAGAAAUAAUAGAGGAAAGCGGAUUCAACUAGGAGAGUCAGAAAUUCGCAACCUUUGCACCAAAGCAAAAGAUGUUUUCCUGAGCCAGCCAAAUCUACUUGAAUUAGAGGCUCCAAUUAACAUCUGUGGAGAUAUACACGGGCAAUAUCCCGACCUAUUGCGAGUAUUCGAGUACGGUGGGUUCCCUCCAGAUUCGAAUUACCUGUUUCUUGGAGACUACGUCGACAGAGGAAAACAAAGUAUAGAAACAAUAUGUCUCCUUCUGUCAUACAAGAUAAAAUACCCUGAGAACUUUUUCCUUCUUAGAGGAAACCAUGAAUGUGCAUCUAUUAAUAGAAUUUAUGGAUUUUAUGACGAGUGCAAAAGACGAUACAAUGUUCGCCUAUGGAAGAUAUUUACGGAUUGCUUCAAUUGUUUGCCUGUAGCUGCGGUGAUUGAUGAUAAAAUCAUAUGCAUGCACGGUGGCCUUUCUCCUGAUAUGGAGAGCUUGAAUCAAAUCAAAGCUAUAGAAAGGCCAUUAGAUGUGCCUGAUCAGGGUCUCUUAUGUGAUCUCCUUUGGGCAGAUCCAGACCCGGAAAUAAAAGGUUGGGGAGAGAAUGAUCGCGGUGUUUCCUACACUUUCGGACCAGAUAGAGUAACUGAGUUCUUGAAAAAACAUGAUCUUGAUCUUAUAUGUCGGGCUCAUCAGGUUGUUGAAGACGGUUACCAAUUCUUUGCAGACAGGCAAUUAGUUACAAUAUUUUCAGCACCAAAUUAUUGUGGCGAGUUCAAUAAUGCAGGUGCACUUAUGUGCGUGGAUCAAACUUUACUUUGUUCAUUCCAGAUUAUCAAACCGUUGAGAGGAAAGAACGCGUGUUAGAUUCAUUUGCAAGCACACAAACUUCAACUUUUGCUCCAAACAAUCAAAUUACUAUGUCGUGCUUGCUUGCAUCCCAAAUUCAAGAACUUGCUGUCUGCAUUGUUUUAUGGUAGAUGAAGAUAAGGCAAAGUGGGAAACUGCAGUUUUAGCACCCACUUUCCACUUCAUAGGUAGCAGGUGUAAUGAAGUUAGGAUUCAAAAAGAGGGUUCAUAAAUAAUGGUUUGUUAGGAGAUGUAUAUAUAUGUACUUAGGCCAUAUUGUUUUUUUGUUUUUGUUUUGUUUUAUAGCACAAUUAACUAAUAUUAAUCUUACUUGUUUGUA